AUGUCAACCUCUUAUGAUCGAAUUCCACUUGCGCGUCAUAAUUAUCCUCAGUCACCUUUCGAACGCGCGCGUGAAACCAACUACGAAUUCGAUCUAGAUACCUCCAAUUUUCCCACCCCCUCCAAGCAGAAUGGGUCACGUCCCCGUCACAGUUACCGAACAAGCACAUUAGCUGGAGCGUAUCGAGCCGCAUCGGCUUCCUCGAUGGAGGAAGGCGCGCCGCUGGGCUCGUUCACGAGUCCCCGACGGACGCGGGAACCAGUCGACGCGAUUUCACCGAAUUCCGACAGAUCGAACCCCCCCGAAGAGCUCACGGAUGUAUAUCGAAGAAUUGAAGAAGAUGGAACACUGGCUGAAUACGUGUCUUCGGACGGAUGGGAAGCGCCGCCGGGGGCCCGUAACGGAAGUCGGACGAGUCGCUCAUCAUCACACGGAAGGGAUCACGACUACAAUGGUUUUGCCCGCAAUGGACUCGCUAUUUCAGAACCGAGUCUAUUCAGUGAUACUGGGCGACCUUCACCGCGCCGGAGGAACACCGAUUUCACCAAAGAUGAGCAGCGCCUCAGACGCGUGACCAACAAGGAUUCUCCCGUGUUUAGCAAGGCUAAGGUCGGCGCACGAUCGCCAUUGACAGCCGAUAAUUUACAACGGCGUGAGGAGGAGGAAAUCCAGAGCCUGCAUGUAUCAGAGGAGGAAGACGACGAGCACGGUCCCUCGCUGAAUCUGCCAACUACCUGGGGGAGUCGCGCCACACACCAACAAAAGUGGCUUCGGAAAGUCAGCAGUCGAAGCGUUUCAGAUCCAGAACUUCCAGGGCAGAAGGUAGAAGAUACUUCAAGGGGUCCAGUGAAAACAGCAUCGAGGACGAGGCCAGAAGAUAACCCAGUCCCGAAACCUCGCAUUUCUCCCCGUUCCCUAGAACGAAGCCGCAUUCCAAGUCGAAAUGUUCUCGAGGAGCGCACAGCCAAUCUGUAUAUUCAAGACGCCCAGGGGACUCAGGAGAAGACCAAAGAAAGUACAUUUGACUCUGGCCCAAAUGUGCCUGAAGGCGAUCCUAUCCCUAACACACCUAUCGUGAUAUUCAAAGGCUCAUCAAGCUUUAUGAAGCCAAGUACGACAAAGCGAGACUCCCAGGACUUGCUACGCCGAUUAUCGAGAACCGAAAGCCCAAAGCUGGACCAAGUGCAAACCCCGGAUCAACCAAAGCUUUUCGAGCGCCGCAUUUAUGAUAAAACACCUCGAGUCACGGGUGCAUGGAUUGAUACUCCCAUGACGGAGAAAGUGGCCCAAAUCCCGAACGACUUGACCAAAGAUAUCGUCCCUCCACCCACAGCACCAAAGCAGGCUGAGCCCUCAGUUGAGCAAAGUAAACCGCCUGUUGUGGCUCCAGCUCUAGUCCCAAGCAAACCUGAAAGCUCAAAGAAUGAAACGAGCAGCGAAAGAGAUUCUUCGAAGGAAGAAUCAAAAUCAAAUAAACGGCCAAGACCUCCAGUCCUUCGGCCUAAGCUGCCCAAAAGUGGGCUCGAAACAGUCAUUGAGGACGUCAGCUCCGGAAAGGAGACGCUCGACCUGGGAGACGAUACCAUUGAAUCUCUCCAGGCCAUUAUGGACGACCCGAUGGGGUUGAAAACGGAAGAAGAAGAGGAGGCCGCUUUUGAGAAGGAAGUGCUUGAAAAAUUGGCAAUCGCUCGUUCGAAUGGACAAAACUCAGUCGACCUCGACCGGCUGAAUGACAAGCUGGCAUCUCUCUCAAGGAACAUCAAUGAGGUAAAGAAAGGUCUCAACAACCUAGAAGAGCAUGUCACUCACAAGGCUACGCUUACAUCACGGCCAAGCACCCCUCCCAAAGCGGCACAAGCAACACAUUCACACGACGAGUCUUGCACAUCUUGUGUCACGCAUUCUGAUGGUCGUGUUUAUGCUGCGAUUCCGCUUCCUCAGCUGUGGACACAAAAUCCAACUACCCGGCGCCGCCAGCUCACUAGGCUCGGCUGGGUCACGCUAGUGUCACUAUCGUGGUAUGUUAUCGAGUGCAUGAUGGUAGAGCAGUACUGCCACCCAAUCAUGUCCGACACUUGCGACGGUUAUUGCCUCCAGCCCGAUGCACCCGAAUUUCCAUGGGUGACCGUGACAAUGCUAUGGCGCUGGUCUCAUCUAUCAGCCCUCCUCAUGCCCAUCUUCACCGUGGGGUUUGCCGUGUUUCGGCUGGCAGCGCAGUUGCUCGGACUAUGGGAUGGCUAUGUGGAUGAGCCGGCACGCUUGGGUAAUCUUAUGGGUGAGAUUCGUAUCAAUGGUACUCCAGUCUCAUUCCCGUGGUUGUCAAAUCCCACAACCCAGAGCAUCCCGUCUGCACCCCCACAACAGCCAGUGUGGACACCAACACCGCGCAAUGAGGCCCCUGUCAUAUGGGAGGAUGACCAGCCCUCAAUUGAUGACGAUGAAUAUCUUUAG